UUGACAGUGACAUGGAUUAGCAACUGCAGAUUGAGAACGUUUGCGCAGAAGGUUAUAAAUGGAGAGGUGAAACUAUCGAGGUGGCAGAGCGAAAUGUUGGUGGCAACGUUCCUUGUCGCCGCUCUAGUCGGCAGUGGCCACUUCCUCGGAGCACAAGGACAGGCAUGCAAGUUGACGCUACAGACCGACUUGGACUCCACGAAGGAGCCUCUAGUGUUGGCUGUGAAAACUACUCAGAUCCGUGGACGGCAGAAAGUAGAGCAGUUGGAGAUAGCAAGACCUGAGGUAGAGAAACGCGAAGGGGUGAUCACUAUCGACGAAACGCAGUCGCUGAUCGUGGCUUGCCCGGGGCCACGCAACAACAACCGAGGGUCAGGAGAACAGUCGGCGUACGUCAAGUGUAAGGGCGGCAAGCUGACAGUGGGCAACCGUCCAGCGACCAAGGAGACUCUGUCCUGCACCAACUCAGUGGCGUAUUCCUCCGUCAUGGUCACUGAUGACACUUGCGGCUCUGGUGAUGACACUGGCGUCAUCGUGCAGCUCGGCUACCAGCUGGACGACAAGUCUUGGUUCCCAUUGAUCGACGUGUGUCACAACAUCGAACGCAGUGUCACACUCUACGCAGCCCACUACCUGUACGGCCAAUCGCUGAAGGGGGCCGUCAAGUCUAAUGAUCGCCGCAAGUUCUCCCGAGGACCCAAAGUCCUCUUCCCGAACGUCAGCCCAGACUCUGUCUAUACCAGGAAAGGACAAGAGAAGGCAUUUGACCGAAUUCUAGGUGAUGAUGGUCACAAACUUUACAUAAACAACACGAGCUUCUUAGCACGAGGGCAUCUGGCUCCUGACGCAGACUUCAUCUAUAACUCCGGACAGUUGCUGACCUACUAUUACGUCAACGUGGCAGGUCAAUGGCAGAACUUCAAUGCUGGGAACUGGCUCAUAAUUGAGAACGCAGUGCGAGAUCUGGCUGUUAAAGUUGAUGAAACGCUACGUGUAUUCACUGGCACCUAUGGUAUCUUGAAGCUGACCAAUUCAAAUGGUGAUCAGAGAAUGAUCUAUUUGGAGCCCACAAAGAAAUUAAUCGCAGUGCCAGAGGUCUACUGGAAACUAGUGCAACAUCCAGUGACCAAAUCUUGCACUGUUGUUGUCGGCUCCAACAACGUGUUCCUGACUCAACCACCAACUCCAAUCUGCUCCACCGCUACUCCCGAGGGUUGGCCCACUCUCACGAACCUUGCCAAGGGCUAUGUGUACUACUGUGACUAUGACAGCUUCAAAAAGACAGUACCUUAUGUUCCAGAUGUUGACUGCAAAGAUCUAUUUGAGUUCCCUGAAAAAAAUAAAUAAACUGUGGAAAUGAUA